CUGCUGUUAUCUGCUCUGUGUUAAUCCCCGGCUGGGUGGGGGGAAGGUUCUCCCUAAGUGCUUUACUGAGAGGGCAUAUAUUAAACAUUGAAAAGCAAAGAGAGGAAGAAGAGGAUUAGAGGGAGAGAGAGGAAGCUGGCUGCUGGUUCUACUUGGGUUAUCCAUCUGUUCUACUUUUAUAGAUGCAACAGCACAUUGUGCAUCGAAGUCCUCUUGCAUCGCUGUUCUCCUGCAACCCUGGAAGCCCCUUCACUCCCCUUCCUCCCCGUUUCACCUGCUGUAGCUGAUCUGUUGAGAUAAUGGAGCUCAGGACUGUGGUAGCCACUGUGGAAAGCGGGGAGCAAGACACGGUUCUGAAGGUGCUUCAGGUCUACAACCAGGAGAAAUCUCAGUGCUUCACCUUUGAUGAUGAGGAACGGGAAGAGAGGAAGAAAAUGGCCCAGCUGCUGAUCAAGUUCCUGGAAAGAGAGCUGCAGCCAUCCUGCCAGGUCACGUGUUUGGAAAGCAUCCGCAUCCUGUCACGGGACAAACACUGCCUUGAGCCCUUCACCACCAAGGAGAGCCUGAAGACCCUCUCCAGGCAUGCUGGCAUUGAUUACUCGGAGGAGCUCAUCCGGGAGGUCCCAGACUUGGAUGUAAUCCUGGAAUCCCUCAAAUGUCUCUGCAACAUUGUCUUCAGCAGCCCUAGGGCCCAGGAGCUGACAGCCGAGGCCCGGCUGGUGGUGGGCCUGGCCAAGCGCAUCAAGCUGUACAACGAGAGGAGCCUUCCUCAUGAGGUCAAGUUCUUCGACCUGCGUCUGCUGUUCCUGCUGACAGCGCUGAGGGUGGAUGUGCGGCAGCAGCUGGCCCAGGAGCUCCGGGGUGUCAGCCUGAUGACAGACACCCUGGAGCUGACCCUUGGUGUCAAGUGGAUGGACCCCUACGAAGUUGCUGCUGAGGAGGGACUUCUGCCACCUUUGCCUCGGCAGGAGACAGAGCGAGCCAUGGAGAUCCUGAAAGUGCUCUUCAAUAUCACCUUUGACUCCAGCAAGAGGGAGGUGGAUGAGGAAGAUGCUGCUUUAUACCGGCACUUGGGUGCCCUCCUGCGCCACUGCCUCAUGAUCUCUGCAGAUGGAGAGGACCGGACAGAGGAGUUCCACAGUCAUACAGUUAACCUUUUGGGCAACCUGCCCCUGAAGUGUCUGGAUGUCCUCCUGACCCCGAAAGUCCGGCCAGGCUCUCUUGAGUACAUGGGUGUCAACAUGGACGCGGUCAGCAUCCUGCUGGAUUUCCUGGAGCGACGCCUCGACAGGGGACACAAGCUGAAGGAGAGUUUGACCCCCGUGCUGAACCUGCUGACAGAGAGCGCCCGCGUCCACCGCCAGACGAGGAAGUUCCUGAAGGCAAAGGUGCUGCCACCGCUCCGGGAUGUGAGAAACCGGCCGGAGGUGGGGAACUCGCUGCGGAACAAGCUGGUGCGUUUGAUGACCCACAUCGACACCGACGUGAAGCACUGCGCGGCAGAGUUCCUCUUUGUGCUCUGCAAGGAGAGCGUGUCACGGUUUGUUAAGUACACGGGCUACGGGAACGCGGCUGGGCUCCUGGCGGCACGAGGCCUCAUGGCUGGCGGUCGGGAAGAGGGGGAGUACUCGGAAGAUGAAGACACGGACACUGAGGAGUACAAAGAGGCAAAGCCCAAGCUCCGCUGUUGCAGCAUCAACCCUGUGACGGGGCGUGUUGAAGAGAAACUGCCCAACCCUAUGGAAGGGAUGACUGAAGAGCAGAAGGAGUAUGAAGCCAUGAAGUUAGUCAACAUGUUUGACAAAUUGUCCAGAGAGCAGGUGAUCCAGCCCAUGGGCAUCACACCGAGCGGCAGCCUGGCCCCGCUGCAGAACGCCAUCCGCGAUGUGGCUGAUGAGAGGUCAUCGUCCGACUCAGACCUGGGGCUGGACUGAUCCAGGCCUCUGGCCCCACGGAGCUCCCACUGUAACUGGUGCUGCACCCAGAGGCUGUACUGGGCUGGGACUCCCUGGGGGACCCGGAUCCAGCCUGGACCCCUGCAGUCCACACUGAGAAACCUCCUGCCUCCUUCCCCGCUCCACAACCACCACUCCUCCCAGAGCGUCCUCAUGCCUGGCUCCACCUUGGCCUUUCCUGUCAGCAGCCUUGAGGAUUUCCUACUCCAAAUUGCUUCCAGGACUUUCCAGUAGGAUUUUUUUUUUUUAAAUAUAUGAUGUUUGGGAAGAAGGGUGGCAGGGGUGGAUCUUCCUGUCUCACCAUCAGGGCUCAGCAAUACACAGAGCAUCUCAUGUAUAUGCGGGCGUGUGGCUGCAAGUGGGGGAGCGGCUCCCUGGGGUGCAGGUGAGAUGGAGGGGGCAUGUGGGGUCGGGGGGAGCCGCUGUGGUCUGUGGGGUGUCCCAGCGUUGCGCGCCCCGCGUCCUCAGCAGGUGGCUGUAGAUGCGUGCGCUGCGCAGGGCUGGGGGUGGGACAGCGACCGUGCAAAAACCAGCGCCUGGACAUGGGAGUGUGUAUAUGAGCGCAGGGGGAGCUGUGGCAUGCGCCGCAGGGAGGCCAGGGGUGCCUUUGCGUGAAGCUCUGGCCACAGGAGGGACACGGGGGUGACUGUUGGCAACGCCCUGAUACUCGGUCUCCAGCCCUGCGCGACCAUCCUGUUACCAUGGAGUUUAGUUUUUUGGCAUCAGCCUUUCCCCAUCUUCUCUUCCCGAACAAAAGGCCAAAAUCUGCUUUGUCUGCUGCCACCUUGUCUGCCUUGGCUUCCCCACAGGCCCGCUCUGUCUGCGCCCGGGGGCUGGUGUUGAUCCUGUUCUUCACUGUGGCUUAGAUCUGUCUGUCUUGUUUUUUUUUUUUUUUUUUUUUUUUUUUUUUCUUUUUAAUGAAAAUUGUUUUAAAGAAAAUCUUUCACUUUGUCUCAUGUACCAGAGUUCCAAAACGAGUAGGAAUGCAAAAGUGAUGCUAGAAUAAAGAAAACCUGACAAAUGGGUGCGUGGCAAUGAUUGAUCAAA